AUGAUUCUCCCCAAUUGUUUUUUCACCAAUUUCAUUCAAACCAAGCGUGUCUCUCCCUUGUUCUCAUUGUUUUUCAGAACCCACUUCACCAAUUCACACAUCAGACCAAUUCUGACAAGAACGCAACAAUUUCAUUCAAAAACAUCCCCAGAACUUCGAAACAAACGGGAAUUUUGCUUCCAAGACUGUGUCCCCCUCUUGCAGCAUUUGAGAGACCACAAAGACGAAAACAGUGGAAGAACCCUUCAUUCUCUUUUCGUUAAAAGCGCCCUUGACAAGGAUGAAUUUGUACAAAACAAUAUGGUUAGAUUUUAUGGCGAUAUUGGAGAACUCGAGAAUGCACACAAAUUGUUUGGUGAAAUUCCUCAACCGAGUUUGAUCUCUUGGACCAGCAUGGUCUCUUGUUAUGUCAACGUGGGGCAACAUGAAAUGGGUCUAAGCUUGUUUCGUGGCUUAUGUCGGUCGGGGAUGCACCCAAAUGAGUAUGGUUUCUCGGUGGCACUCAAGGCUUGCAGGGUGAUGUGUGAUCCUGUGAUGGGGAAGCUCAUUCAUGGGUUGAUACUCAAAUGUGGGUUUGAUUCGCAUAGCUUUUGCAGUGCUUCAAUUCUUCACUUGUAUGCUGAUUGUGGUGAUGUUGAGAAUUCGAGAAAGGUUUUUGAUGGGGUUUGUUUUGGUGAAAGGUGUGAGGCACUGUGGAAUACUUUGCUGAACGCUCAUGUCGAGAUGUCUGAUGUGGAGAGCUCUCUGAAGUUGUUUAAUGAGAUGCGGCACUCUUCCGUGUCGCCGAAUCAUUUUACUUACACCAUUUUUGUUAAACUCUGUGCUGAUGUGUUGGAUGUUGAACUUGGAAGGUCUGUUCAUGGCCAGGCUGUGAAGAGUGGAAUUGAAAAUGAUGUUGUGGUGGGUGGGGCUCUUGUUGACUGCUAUGUUAAACUGGGAUUAUUUAAUGAUGCUUGUAAAGUGUUUCAAAUUCUUGAAGAGAAGGAUAAUGUGGCAAUCUGUGCUUUACUUGCUGGCUUUAAUCAGUUUGGAAAAUCAAAGGAAGGAUUUUCCUUAUAUGUUGACUUUCUUUAUGAAGGGAAUAAACCAGAUCCAUUUACUUGUGCAAGUGUUGUUAGUUUGUGCUCAAAUUUGGAGACAGAGCUUUCUGGUACUCAAGUUCACUGUGGUUUCAUCAAACUUGGCUUUAAGAUGGAUUCAUAUAUUGGCAGUGCCUUUAUCAACAUGUAUGGAAACUUUGGCAUGAUAUCCGAUGCUUAUAAAUGUUUUCUUGCUAUUCACAUUAAGAAUGAAAUAUGUAUAAAUGCCAUGAUGAAUAGUUUAAUUUUCAAUUCUUAUGAUUUGAAAGCUUUAGAGCUGUUCUGUGGGAUGAGGGAAGUUGGUAUUGCCCAAACCAGUUCUUCAAUCAUUUAUGCUCUGCGUGCUUGCGGGAACCUUUUUAUGCUAAAAGAAGGAAGAUCUGUUCAUUCGUAUUUGAUUAAAAAUCCUUUUGAAGAUGACUCUAGGUUGGGCACUGAAAAUGUUCUUCUAGACAUGUAUGUUAGAUGUAGAGCUGUUAAUGAUGCAAAAUUGAUUUUCAAAAAGAUGCCAAGACAAAAUGAGUUUUCCUGGACUACUAUCAUAUCUGGAUGCAGUGAAUCAGGGCACUCUGUAGAAGCUCUGGGGAUCUUCCGCGAUAUGCUUCUAUAUUCAAAACCUAGUCAGUUCACCUUAAUUAGUGCUAUUCAGGCAUGUGCAGAAAUAAAGGCACUUGAAGUAGGAAAACAAGUCCAUUGUUAUAUCAUGAAAGUAGGAUUUGGAUAUUAUCCUUUUUUGGAAAGUGCCCUGAUUAACAUGUAUGCAGUGUUUAAACAUGAAACUUUGAAUGCUUUACAGGUAUUCUUGUCCAUGAAAGAGCAAGAUCUUGUCUCAUGGAGUGCCAUGUUAACUGCAUGGGUCCAAAAUGGUUUUCAUGAAGAAGCACUUAAGCUUUUCACAGAAUUCCAAACUGUUCCCAUUUUUCAGGUUGAUGAGUCUAUCAUAUCCAGCUGUAUCUCAGCAGCUGCUGGCUUAUCAGCAUCAGACACAGGCAAAUGUUUCCAUUCCUGGGUUAUCAAAACUGGCCUUGAGGUUAAUCUACAUGUGGCUUCUUCCAUUAUAGACAUGUAUAGUAAAUGUGGAAACAUAAAAGAUGCCAUCACGUAUUUCAAUACCAUCAGUCACCAUAAUUUAGUAACAUGGACGGCCAUGAUAUAUGGAUAUGCUUAUCACGGGCGUGGAAGAGAAGCUAUUGACCUGUUUAACAAGGCUAAAGAAGCUGGGUUGGAACCUGAUGGUGUCACCUUUGCUGGGGUUUUAGCUGCAUGUAGUCAUGCAGGACUAGUGGAGGAAGGUUGCCAAUAUUUUGAGUACAUGAGAAGUAAAUACAGCUAUGAAGUGACCAUAAAUCAUUAUGCCUGCAUGGUUGAUCUUUUUGGUCGAGCUGCAAAAUUGGAAGAAGCAGAAGCUUUGAUAAAGGAAGCUCCAUUUCAGUCAAAAUCUCUUCUAUGGAAGACUUUCCUAGGUGCGUGCUCUAAACAUGAAAAUGCUGACAUUGGAGACAGAAUAUCAAACUUGCUUGCUGGUAUAGAAUUGAAUGAACCGUCAACCUAUGUUCUACUGUCUAACAUUUAUGCAUCAGCAUCAAUGUGGAAAAGUUGCACAGAGUUGAGAAACAAAAUGGUAAAAGGGAGUGUUACAAAGCAACCAGGUAGUAGUUGGAUUCAAUUGGCUGGUUAA